AUGUUGGGGAUCCCUGGUCUCGCUGGCGCCGGGGCAAAGGCGGCCUCGCCGGUGAUGACAUUCUCCAGUGCUCAUGAGAUCGUGGAUUCCAUCGUUCUGGAAGAGCCCGCGGAGCUGCCGCCAUUCUUUGAAAGACCUGUGGCGCAGACAUCGCACUGGCUGCUUACGCCUGACUCGCCAGUCACGCAGUCCAUGGAACUCCCCCACAGCCUGGUGGUGAUGAAGUUCGGCGGCACUUCCCUGGCGAGCGCUUCGCACCUGCUGCGAUGUGCGAACAUCGUGCGGCAGGCUCUGCCACAAAGACCGGUGGUGGUUGCAAGCGCCAUGGGCAAGACCACCAACGCACUCCUACACGCCUCGACGUUGGCCUUGGAGACCGGUGAGGUGGAUAUCUCUGCGAUACGGACUAUCCACGAGACAGCAUUGAAAGAACUUGGGGUGGAGAUGCCGACAUCCAUUUCAGAGCUUCUCAACGAGCUUGAGAAGGUUCUCAGCGGGGUGGCCCUCCUAAAGGAGAUCUCCAUGCAAACGCGUGAUCGAAUUGUCUCUUUUGGAGAACGCCUCAGCGUUCGAACCUUUGCGGAGGCCUUCAAUUCCUCAAGGAAAGAUCCGCAGGAGCCGGAUGCUCGGGCCCUGGAUGCCUGGCAAGUGGGCAUGAAGACCACCAGCGGUUCCGGAAGCGCCGACUCCGCUUUCUCUUCUGUGGAGAUCCUCCAGGAGUCUUACCCCGCCAUCAAGCACCACCUCGGGCCACUGAAGCUUGCGUAUUCCUUCGUGCCAAUUGUCACUGGCUACAUUGCCAAGGAUGCCCGUGGUGUGAUCACUACCCUGGGCCGGGACGGCUCGGACCUCACCGCCACCGUGAUCGGAGCCGCCGUGAAGGCCUCGGAAGUGCAGAUUUGGAAAGACGUCAGCGGCGUGCAGACCACGGAUCCCCGGGUGAUCGCGGCGGCGAAACCCGUGCAGGUCCUCACCUUCGAGGAGGCCGCGGAGCUAUCGACUUUCGGCUCCAAGGUGGUGCACCCAGCGGCCGUGCUGCCGGCCUGGAGCGCUGGUGUCCCGAUGAGCGUCAAAAACUCCAUGGCCCCGGAGCUCCCAGGCACCAGAAUAGUGCCGGAGCUUGGUGGCAAAGACGUUCGAGAGGGCCGAGUGGCGGCCAUCAGUAGCAAGAAGAACAUCACCAUGAUCGUAAUCAAAAGCAGCCGAAUGCUUGGACAACAUGGCUUCCUGGCGCAUGUCUUCCAAGUCUUCAAUAAGUUUGCUGCCUCCGUGGACGUCAUUGCCACCUCGGAAGUGACGGUGUCACUAACCUUGGAUGAAGGCUACAAAAGUGUGGACCUCAGUGCGAUCGAAGACGAGCUCAAGGAAGUGGCGAAGGUGUCAGCGCUGCACGACAUGGCCAUGCUGACGCUCAUCACGCACAAGGAGGACUCUGUCACCGUGCUCAAGGAGUCUUGCGCUGCUUUCGAGGAGCUUGGAAUCAGCUUGGAGAUGGUCUCACAUGGAGCCUCGAAUGUCAACGUCACGUUCGUGCUGCCUGGAGACCAGUUGCUCAUGGCCUCGCAGCGACUGCAUAAGGUCUUCUUCGAGCAGGGUGGAUGA